CCCUGAGCCAAGGAGCCAGUCCGCAGACGCUGCUUCUCCCCGCCCUGCCCCUCGCUUUCCUCCCGGCGCAGCCCUCUGCCGAGCCAGGCGCAUCAUGUCCACGGGAGGCGAUUUCGGGAACCCACUUAGAAAAUUUAAACUGGUCUUCCUAGGGGAGCAAAGCGUUGGGAAGACAUCCCUGAUCACAAGAUUCAUGUAUGACAGUUUUGACAACACAUAUCAGGCUACAAUUGGAAUUGACUUCCUAUCUAAAACCAUGUAUUUGGAAGAUCGGACAGUACGGUUGCAGCUCUGGGACACAGCAGGCCAAGAGAGAUUCCGAAGUUUGAUUCCCAGUUACAUUCGUGACUCUACAGUAGCUGUGGUGGUUUAUGACAUCACAAAUCUCAAUUCAUUCCAACAAACUUCCAAAUGGAUUGAUGAUGUCAGAACAGAAAGAGGAAGUGAUGUCAUCAUUAUGUUAGUGGGCAACAAAACUGACCUUGCAGAUAAAAGGCAAAUCACCAUUGAAGAAGGGGAACAGAGAGCUAAGGAACUGAAUGUCAUGUUUAUUGAAACAAGUGCAAAAACGGGAUACAAUGUAAAACAGCUCUUCCGACGUGUUGCAUCAGCCCUACCAGGGAUGGAGAGCGUUCAAGAGAAGAGUAAAGAAGGGAUGAUAGACAUUAAAUUGGACAAACCACAGGAACCACCGGCGAGUGAAGGAGGAUGUUCUUGUUAAUGCAAAAUGCAGGAUUUGUCAGCUUCAUUUGACACCACGCUUGUUGUGUUGCUUCCUAUUGGUUAGCUUCCUCAAAAUACAAAUUGAGUUAUUGGUUGGGGAGGAUUUCUUUUCUCUCAAUACCUCUCUAGGGUGGGGAGGCUCAACACAAAUCAACAGCUGGCUCUAGCC